AAUGAGAUGAACGUAAAACUGCUUUCGCAAUAUUAGUUAUAAUUAAGAACCGACCACAAGUUACGAGAGACUCUUAAAAAGAGCAAUUCAGUGAUCAUACUUCAGGAGACAUAUCUAAAAAGAGGAAUUCAGCGAUCAUACUUCAGGAGACAUUGCAAGAACAGAGAUCAAGCACGGUAGUGAUUCAUAGUUGACUACAGAGCAAUCAAUGGCAGCAGCUGACAAGAUGAAGAAUGUGUUACUGAAGACUCUUGUGGUGUUUAUCAUGUACCAAGUGACCAUCCAAUCCCCUGAUGCCACAGUGCUAGAUAUGAGCAGAAGAGGCCAUACAAAACUAACAGAAGGCAUGUUCAAGGAAUAUUCCAAUCUUAAACGUCUCUAUCUGAAUGAUACUGUUAUUACUCAAAUUGAACCAGGUGCUUUCUCUGGUUUAGAAUCAUUGGAAGAAUUAUAUCUUGUGAAUAAUACACUGACAAAAAUAGGAGAUGGCAUAUUCACUAACUUGACAUCACUGACCAGACUUAUCCUAGCCAAUAAUGAACUAAGAACAUUACCAGAUGACAUAUUCAGUAGCUUGACAUCACUGACAGAACUUUACCUUGAUGGUAAUGAAUUAACAAUAU